CUACGAUUCCUUACCGUUUUGAACCAAAGUCAAAUUGGUUACAAAUAUUUGAAUAUCUUUUAAAAAAUAAUUUAUAUUCUUUAUAAAUGAUUCCAAUAUAUUUCUUUAUUUUAGAUAUGUUUUUCAAUUUUUGUUAUUUUCUCUGUAAUUUAUUUAAAUUAAUAUAUCAAUUUAAAUUUAAUUUCAUUUAUAAAUAUAUUCAUAUAUUUGAUUUCGUUGGUAAUUCUAUAAAUUUUCAAUAUGGUGGUCUUAAAUUCGCAUAUGUACAUAUGUAUAUUUCCUUUUUUUUUAUAUAUAAGAAUGUAUCUUAUUUUCUAAAUUAAAUUAAUGAAUGAUUACAUUGAAAAUGAGUGUAACAUUACAUACUGACAUUGGAGAUAUAAAAAUUGAAUUAUUUUGUGAGCUGUGUCCAAAAACGUGUGAAAAUUUUCUUGCCUUAUGCGCUAGCAAUUAUUAUGAUAAUUGCUUAUUUCAUAGAAAUAUAAAAGGAUUUAUUGUGCAAACUGGAGAUCCUACACAUACUGGUAAAGGUGGAACAUCAAUAUGGAAUCGUCCAUUUGAAGAUGAAUUUAAAGAAGAAUUAAGACAUAAUGCGAGAGGAUUUGUUUCUAUGGCUAAUAAUGGUCCAAAUACAAAUGGAAGUCAAUUUUUUAUAACAUAUGGGCCUCAACCACACUUAGAUUUAAAAUAUACUUUAUUUGGAAAGAUAAUAGAUGGUUUAGAAACUCUUGAACAAUUAGAAAAAUUGCCAGUAAAUCCAAAAAAUUACAGGCCUCUUACAGAGACUCGAAUAAACAAUAUAACUAUUCAUGCCAAUCCUUUAGCAGGAUAAAUGUAAAUGUGUUAAUUAAAUUUUAUAAUUGUUAAUUAUAUUUGUUUUAAACUUUAUAAAUAAUUUUUCAAUAGAAUUAAAUAUAUUUUAAAAAUAAA